GAAAAGAGAACAGUCAGAUACGUCUAGUUCUCCUAGAACUUCAAAGCAUCAUUUCUCAAGGUCUCGUUCACAUUCAAGAGAAAGAAAACGGAAAUCAGAUAAUGACGGGAAAAAAUACAGAAGCCGGAGCAGAAGCAAAGAGCGUGCUAAUGCGCGAAGAGACUGAACUGAAGACGCUCCAGACUCAGAUAGCAAAAUUAUAAGCCUACUUCAUGAUAAGAACCAACUUCUUCUUAAAACAGGCAAGAAGACACGGGUCCAAAGAAAAAUCGUCCAAAAAGCACAAAUCGGAAGACCAUAAUGACAAAGAACACUCUUCUGAUAAAGGAAGAGACAGCCUGAAUACCUCCGAAAAUGGUGAGGAUCGGCAUAAGCGCAAAGAGAAAAAAUCCUCAAGAGGACGGAGUCAUUCAAGGUCUAAGUCUCAUGAAAGGCGUCACCGUAGUAGAAGCCGUGAUAGAAAAAAGUCACGUUCUCGAAGCAGAGAUAGAAAGCGGCGUGUAAGAUCACGUUCUAGAUCAAGAUCUAGACACAGGCAUAGAAGUCGGAGCAGGAGCAGAACUAGAAGUAGAAGCAGAGAAAAAAAGAAGAGACCUGAAAAACCCAGAAGAUUCAGCAGAAGUCACAGCAGAACUCCUAGCCCUCCACCCUUUAGGGGACGAAAUACAGCAAUGGACGCCCAAGAAGCUUUGGCCAGAAGAUUGGAAAGAGCAAAAAAACUUCAAGAACAGAGAGAGAAAGAACUUGUUGAAAAACAGAAGCAACAGGAAAUGGCUGCUGCGGCAGCUGCCACUGGAAGUUCUGUCAUUAACGUCGCUGCUCUUCUGGCCUCCGGAACACAAGUCACUCCUCAGAUUGCCAUGGCGGCUCAAAUGGCAGCCCUGCAGGCAAAGGCCUUGGCAGAGACAGGAAUAGCCGUUCCAAGCUAUUAUAACCCAGCAGCAGUGAAUCCAAUGAAGUUUGCAGAACAAGAGAAGAAGCGGAAAAUGCUGUGGCAAGGCAAAAAAGAAGGGGAUAAAUCACAAUCAGCAGAAAUCUGGGAGAAACUGAACUUUGGAAAUAAGGACCAAAAUGUCAAAUUUAGAAAACUGAUGGGUAUCAAGAGUGAGGAGGAAGCUGGUAGUAGUUCAGUGGAUGAAGAAAGUUAUAAGACUUUGAAACAGCAGGAAGAAGUAUUCAGAAACCUAGAUGCACAAUAUGAAAUGGCAAGGUCACAGACUCACACACAAAGAGGAAUGGGAUUGGGAUUUACAUCUUCAAUGCGAGGAAUGGAUGCUGUUUGAAAGAACAUGAUCUCGAAGCCUGGGACUUUGACAAAAGAUUCUUGCUCCAAGAUUGGGUCCUUGUUCACCAAAAGCUAGCAUUUCUAGCUUGCAUGGGUGUUGCAUUGACUUUAAUUUAUUGACAUUACAAUUUUUGUAAAUAUCAGAUCAGUGAUAACUGGUGUUUCAUGUUGUAAUCAGGUUAUACUCACUUCCAUUAUACUUGACAGAGCUACAGAAGGACAACAUUUUAGUUCUGCUUUUCAAAAUAGAACAGGUGAGGAGGGUAAACUCAUACCUGGGUAUUUUGUGUCCGCUGUCUUGUGUACUUUUGUACUUUAACCUUGUACAGUUAUUUUCAACUCUUGAAACAUGAAAACAUUGUGUAGGUGUUACUUAGCAGACUGGGCCAAUGAGUACAUAAUGCAGUGCAAAAACCUGGUUAAUAAAAAUGUUUUUUCUCAAAUAGUACUGUUACUUUCUCU